UCGGUCGAGAAACAUCCCGACCCCUCUUCUCCAAACUCGGCGGCACCCCGCCCAUGGCUAAAAUCCCCUCUUCCUCCUCUGCUUCCCUCCAAACCGAACCCAGAAUUUAGCACCAGGAAUAAUCCGGAGAAGCGAACCCGACCGCGAAUCUUGCACCAGGAGGCUCGCCGCGGAAGAGCGAAACCCGGGCCGAAGCAGUUGCGCGAUGGGAAUCCCCGUCCGAACCCUCCUCGUCGCCUCGCUCGUCCUCAGCUCGAUCGCCCUGGAUGUCGCCGCCAAAACCUUAGAUCCCUACAAGGUUCUUGGGGUUGACAAGAAUGCCAGCCAACGGGAUAUUAAGAAAGCCUUUCACAAGCUUUCAUUAAAAUAUCACCCUGACAAGAACAAAGACAAGGGUGCUCAGCAGAAAUUUGAAGAGAUAAAUAAUGCGCAUGAGAUUCUGUCAGAUGAAGAGAAGAGGAAAAACUAUGAUCUCUACGGUGAUGAGAAAGGUAACCCAGGGAUUGGUGGUGGACAUUUUGGGAACCAUGAGGGUUUCACUGGUGGUGGUCCCAAGACUACCUAUUUCAAAUCCGGCGAUGGAUGGCAGACAAUGGGUGGUCCCGGAAAUGGCAAAACAUUUUCCUUCUCAUUUGGUGGCAACCCUGGGUCUGACGGUGGAAAUCCGUUUGGCUUUGAUUUUGGUGAUGUUUUUUCCAACAUGUUUGGUGGUGGUGGAUCAAUGGGAGGUAACCAGCAUGGUGGAUUUGCUGGUUCUGCUGGACCCGGUGCAAGAACUUCCAGCCAGCAUACAAACCCUGUCACCAUUAAGGAGGUCACAAUGCAAAGUUUCAACAAAGAAAUUGCUGACCAAGGAAUUAGUUGGAUUUUGUUAUUCUAUACACAACAAGCAAAAGGUCAAUUUGUGCUAGAAAGUGUCCUGGAGGAUGUGGCUCGUUCACUGGAUGGUGCAGUAAGGGCUGGUAAGAUAAAUUGUGAGAAAGAAAAAGCUCUUUGCAAAAAAGCUGGUGUCUCAGUAGGAAAAUCGGCUCGUCUCUUCAUUUAUUCGUACAGCACUACAGAGAAAGGGUCUUUGCAUGAGUACUCUGGAGAAAAUGAUGCUAAGAGCCUGAAGACAUUCUGUCAGGAACACCUGCCGAGAUUCUCCAGAAGGGUAGACAUUAGCCAAUUUAGUUUCCCUUCACAUGCCUUACCAAACCUCCCUCAAGUACUCUUACUGUCAACAAAGAAGGACACGCCAGCAAUGUGGCGUGCUGUCAGUGGGAUGUUCCGCAAUCGCUUAAUUUUCUAUGAUGCAGAGGUUCAGGAUGUUUCUCUUCCACUGCUCAAACGGCUCGGUGUGAAAAAUGUUCCAGCACUUAUUGGCCGGAACAUUAAUGGUGAGGAGCAACUUCUGAAGGAUGGUAUUUCAGUGAAAGAUCUCCGAUCUGGUAUCAAAGAAUUGAAGACUCUGCUCGAAAGUUUCGAGAAGAAGAAUAAGAAGCUAGCAUCAAACCAAGCAAAGAAACCUGAACCGACGGAAAACAAAAUCCCUCUCCUCACAGCUUCUAAUUUCCAGGAAACCUGUGGAGAGAAGGCUUCAGUAUGUAUCAUUGGUGUUUUCAAGUCAAACAAAGCAAAAGAAAAGCUGGAGACCGUCCUGUCCGAGGUAUCCCAUAAGACUCUGAUCCGUGGGCAGAGGUAUAACUCUGGAAACGCAAUUGCAUAUGCCUUGUUGGAUGGGAACAGACAAUCUGCGUUCCUGUCCUCGUUUGACAAGUCUGGAUACCAGUCGUCUGACAAUCUUCUGCUUGCCUACAAGCCUCGUCGCGGGAAGUUUGCCGUGCAUAAUGGUGAUUUAACGAUGGAAGAAGCUGAAAGAUUUGUGGCUUCCGUCCUGAAUGGAGACGUCCAUUUGUCAGCAACCAGACAGAAGCCAGUUCUUAGGUAGAAAAGCUAAGGGUCGCGGCUCUAAGCAUUGUUUUUUUUUUUGGAAAUAGUUGCAAGUGAUUUAGGUGUUAAGUGUUAACUAGAAUGUAGUGUGAUCUGAGAGUCUUGUACAUAGCUGAAUCAAGAGAGUAAAAUGUAGAUUGACGCACUGGAUUGGAGUACAUGUAUGUAGUAGGGAUAAGCAUGUUUGGGCUAUUACACCCUCGUAGUUCAAUUUGA